AUGGAUUUAGAGCUCAAGGACUUUUAUAAUAAGACACUUGCCACAGAGAACAAUACUGCUACUACUCGGAAAUCUGACUUCCCAGUCUGGGACGACUACAAAAGCAGUGUGGAUGACCUACAGUAUUUUCUGAUUGGGCUUUAUACAUUUGUAAGUCUCCUUGGUUUUAUGGGGAACCUGCUUAUUUUAAUGGCUCUCGUGAAAAAGCGCCAUCAGAAGACCACAGUAAACUUCCUCAUAGGAAACCUGGCCUUCUCUGACAUCUUGGUUGUGCUGUUUUGCUCACCUUUCACACUCACCUCUGUGUUGCUGGACCAGUGGAUGUUUGGGAAAGUCAUGUGCCAUAUCAUGCCGUUCCUUCAGUGCGUGUCCGUGCUCGUUUCCACUCUCAUUUUGAUCUCGAUCGCUAUUGUCCGGUACCACAUGAUAAAACACCCCAUCUCCAAUAACUUAACAGCCAACCACGGCUACUUCCUGAUAGCGACCGUCUGGACCCUGGGCUUUGCGAUUUGUUCUCCCCUGCCGGUGUUUCACAGUCUUGUGGAACUCCAGGAAACAUUUGGCUCCACACUGCUGAGCAGCAGGUAUCUGUGUGUGGAGUCGUGGCCAUCUGAUUCAUACAGAAUCGCCUUUACCAUCUCUCUCUUGCUGGUUCAGUACAUCCUGCCCCUCGUUUGUCUCACUGUAAGUCAUACCAGCGUCUGCAGGAGCAUCAGCUGUGGACUGUCCAACAAAGAAAACAGACUCGAAGAAAAUGAGAUGAUCAACUUAACUCUUCAUCCAUCCAAGAAGGGUGCUGGGCCCGAGGUGAAACUCCCUGGCAGCCAUAAAUGGAGCUACGCGUUCAUCAGGAAACACCGAAGAAGAUACAGCAAGAAGACAGCUUGUGUGCUGCCUGCUCCGGCGAGACCUUCUCAGGAGAAGCAUUUGGGCAUGUUGCCUGAGAACCCCAGCUCUGUGAGGAGUCAGCCCUCUUCCAGUAAGCUCAUCCCCGGGGUCCCCACCUGCUUCGAGAUGAAGCCUGAAGAAAACGCCCGUGUGCAUGAGCUCAGAGUGAAACGCUCCAUCAUGCGAAUCAGGAAGAGAUCUCGCAGCGUUUUCUACCGACUGACCGUGCUGAUCCUGGUGUUUGCCGUGAGCUGGAUGCCACUCCACCUGUUCCACGUGGUCACGGACUUUAACGACAACCUCAUCUCAAACAGGCAUUUCAAGUUGGUGUAUUGCAUUUGUCACUUGUUGGGCAUGAUGUCUUGUUGUCUGAAUCCAAUUCUGUAUGGGUUUCUUAAUAAUGGAAUCAAAGCUGACUUAAUGUCCCUUAUACACUGUCUUCAUUUAUCAUAAUUCUCACUGCAAAUAACAAAUGUGGGGGAACAUUUAAAAAUGUAUUU